AUGGCCCCAAGAAGCAUCAUGACAACCUACCCCCACGCCCAUCACCGACGCUACGCCUCGCCCCCCAUAAGCCCAUCCACCUACAACCCCGACACAAACGACAUCCUCGCCGAGCUGGGCCUGCGCGCCGACGACUCGGCUUCGAGCGCGGGCGAUUCUAGUACAGGGUUCUCGACCGUCGACUCGGGCGUCAGCGUCAACGGGGGCGGGAGUGAGGGUACGGGUACGGGGAGCGGAGCCGGCGGGAGGAGGAGACGGCGGAGGAAUCGUAACCGGAAUGGUAACGGUAACAACAACAACAAUAACCACAACAAUGGCAACAGCAACAACCAGUCUGCGUAUAAUGGCAGCGGUGGGAGUAACAACAUAGAUAACAAGAAUGGCAACGGCGGGAAUUACAACAGGCAGACGACGGUGGUGAUUCCCCGGCAGGGCGGGGACCGAGAUGAGAAGCCUGUGCGGUUGCAGAUUGGGUUGAAUCUGGAUGUCGACCUGGAGCUCAAGGCCAAAUUGAAGGGAGAUAUCUGCUUGUCUCUGGUAGUGGAGAGAAGAUUCUCCAAACGCGAAUCGAUGCGGGUGAAGCCCAACUGGAAGGGCGAAGUGGACGUCAAAGAAAUGUUCCACAUGCGUCUUGGCAAAUUCAGCUUCAGACAGCGGUGGAUUGACCGCGAGGUCAGCGAGAGUCUUACGGUGGCGAUUGGGGUCUCGCUUGUAGUGGGCGGGUUCGUUACUGGGUUUGCGGCGUCGAGAUGGUUGUGCUGA